AAAAAGAACUCUUUUUACUUUAGGUUCAACUGAUAACUAUAAGAUGUUCUGGAGGGCGGUCCAGCUGGGACCUGGACCGCCCUCCUGUAAUGUGACGGUGCUGACUGCUGCUCCACCGAGCAGCYGGACCUGAUGUUGAGAGGGACCAGCAGCCCCCCAGCACCAUGAGGUUCUGUUUGGUUAUGUAAUGCUGGGAACAGAGCAGACUGGACAGUUUUAUCAGUCUGAUAGGAGUCUUUAAAUACAGCCAACAGGUGUGGACCACCCAGACCUGAAGGUCCAACUCUGAAGCUCUGGUGACAUCAUCAUCAUCAUCAUCAUCAUCAUGACCUCCAACCUCUCGCUCCUCCUGCUGGUCCUGUCCAGUCUCAGCGUGGCUCAGGCUCAGCUCCGGCUGUUCAACCUGCAGGCCACCGGUCUACCCUGGGACAUACUUGGGAUCACCGACGGCUACGUGAAGGUGUUCUGCGCUGCGGCCAGUCUGGGUAAGACCUCGAUCCGUUGGGACACGGUGAACCCCUGGUGGGACGAGGAGUUCACCCACUUUCAGGCUCAGGAGAACGACGUCCUGAGGCUGGAGGUCUACGACAGCGACCUGGUUUUCGACGACCUGCUGGGGGUCUGCCAGCGUCAGAUCAAGUCAGGCAGCCACAAACACGACUGCUAUCUGGAAAAAGGAGGCACCCUGCACUAUGAAUACACACUGGGCUCUCAGUAGGUCUGUGGAAACGUCUCGUCAGGAUCCAUGCAAACUGAACCAGAAUGACACGUGGUCCUGAGAGACUAAAGCCAAACUGUAGGCCGCUGUUCCUCUGUCACCACUGUCAGGAAGUAAUAAAGUCUCCUGCAACCA